UUGGUCUUUUUUUGUUUAUUGCGUGAAAAAUAAAAAGCGCACAGGUGAUCAAAUACCACCAAAAGAAAGCUCUAUUUGUGUGAAAAAAAGGACGUAAAUUUUGUUUGGGUGCAGCAUUGCAUGACCGCACAAUUAUCAGUUGAAUUAGUGCAGCACCGAGUAGCAAAAAGAGGCCUGGUCAUUAAGGGGGGUAAAUCCUCAGGAGGGCAAGUGGUUAAGUCCCAAAGCAAGUGCUUCUGUUUUGGGACCCAACAGUCUGAAUAGAUUGCUCAAUGUUAGAUCUUCUUAAAAGCAUUGGCCAAGGAUGCCUGCUGUGGUCAUGAGAUGAGAUG